AUUUAUAUAAUGCAUUUGUGUCUGGAGAAACAUAUUUUCCUAUUUCCUAAUUUCCAAACAUUCCCUUAUUAUUUUGUUCAGUGUUGUUUAUCCAAAACAUAAAAUGGCGUGGCCAUUGCUCUCAGUGUGGAGCUGUUACUGUGUUGGCGUAGCACAAGUUGAUGUUAGCGUCAAAAAGAUCAGAACAAUCACAAGUCAAUAUUAUUAUCACAGUGAAACGAUGCGCCCAUUUUUUGAGCGACGUCGAUUUUCUUCUGGCGAUAGAAUUAGGACAAGAUUCUGGCUUUUAAAUGCUCAAAGCAAUGGAGACUACGGCUCUGAUCAGUUAAUUGAAGAUCUUAGGGUUCCUCAACAAUGGCUUCAACCUUCCAAAGCCUUGGAGG